AUGGCCUCCUCUGCAGCAACUCCGCAAUCCAUUAGAACAGUUCUAAAGAACCUCAAGAACAUCAAAAGGAUAGCAUUUGAUAUUGGACAGUCAGUCGUAAAAAUUGCUUACACAGCAGCGGUCGCUAGAAAAAGGACUACACAUGAUAAGAAGUUAAUCCACGAUGCGAAAUAUGCUUUACGACUUUAUUGCAUACAAGUGCGCCUUGAUGACUUUGAGGCCGUCCUAGAUUAUAUUGCAGAGAACGGUCACGUCGCAACCAAGAAAGCCACCUUUGCGAGCACUUCUUCGACUCACCUCGUUGAACAAAUGAUCAUAGAAAAGCUUGGUCUUGAACUUCAUAAAGUAAAGGAAAUGGACUGUCUCGUUCGUGGAACAAACUUUCUGAUACGAAAUAUUGAAGCGGAGUCUUUCACGUACGAUCAUCACAACGAGAAAUGUCGUUAUCAUUUCGAAACUAUUCGCCCUUCCGUCAUCUGUCCAUAUUUGCUCGUUAAUGUUGGCACUGGAGUUUCUGUUUUUAGGGUAGAUAAUGAUUGUAAGUAUGAACGAGUCGGAGGUUCCUCUUUAGGAGGCGGAUGCUUCUUUGGGUUGGGAAAUCUCCUCACUUCAGAAUUAGAUUUGGAUGAAAUGAUGAGGAUGGCCGAAGACGGUGAUCACAGACAAUUUGAUAUACUGGUCUCCGAUAUCUACGGUGGAAAAUUUGCAAAUUUGGGUCUUAGUGGUGACCUCAUCGCUGGUUCUUUUGGUAAAUGUGCCAAAAAGACACUUGCUGAUGAAUUGAAGAAUUGCCCCGAAUUUAAAAAGAAUGUGAUGCGAAGUCUUCUACUCAUGAUUAGCAAUAGUAUCGGUCAGUUCGCCUUCUUGUAUGCCCAGAGGGAAAAGACGAAUCGAAUUUACUUUAACGGAUUCCUCAUCCGAAACCACGCUAUCAUUAUGCGAACUUUAUCAUUUGCAAUCCAGUUUUGGAGCGAAGGUACGCAGCAGGCUCAUUUCUUACGACAUGAAGGUUAUACUUCUGCAAUCGGUGCAUAUCUCAGUGGGGCAUCUUUAGCUAGUCACGUUGAUGCAGAAUUUGGAGCAGGAUAUGAAGCAGAACGGCUGUCAUGGCAUGAAUACUACUCAGGGUGCUCUGACCUCGGAAGGUUUGUGCCUACUGCUCCUUUAUCCAUGGGAUUUACGGUACACGCAAAUCCAAAAGGGGCUGGUGUACUCGAACUCGAAUGUGCGGAAAUUGUUCUCAGGCCGUUUCCUCUUCUAGCGGAGAAUAUUCAGGUGUACAAGCCUGAUGUUGCGGAUCUUACCUUGGAUAGCGAAGCAAGGGAAUUCUGGCUCCAAACUUUUGAGAAAAGUGUGGACAGCGUCAUCAAAAAAGCCGUGGAGUCUCAGGAAAACAGCAGGACUGCUCCUCAAAGAGUUCAAGUUUUCCGAGAGAAAUUCCUCAAACAGUUAAUGAUUAUCAGGGAAAAGCCUUUCGCUUAUGGUAAUUCUAAUGUGCGAAAUUUGCUCGAUCUCAGGGAACAGAUGCUCAACGAACAGGAUUUUGAUGAUUCUUAUCUCACUCAAAAAACUGUGGAGAAUGCGGCAGCUUUGCAGCAAUUGGCUUCAUUGCUGAAGUCUAUAGAUGAGGUAAAAGCUGAUCCUGAACGUCUUUUCCGAGUGUCAAAAGGUUUACUAGCAGGCAACGUAUUUGACUGGGGUGCUCAGAAGGUAGUUGAGAUGAUGGAAUCUUCGGAGGGACUCUCCUUUGAUGCUGCUGUUUCUUCCAUUCCUGAAAGGCCAUGGCUGAUCGACUCAUACGAUGAGUUUAAGAAGUCCCUGGAUUCAAAACCAUACCAUUGCGCUGCCAUAUUCGUCGAUAAUAGCGGAGCAGAUUUUGUCCUGGGUGUGAUCCCGUUUGCGAGAGAGCUGAUAAAACGAGGAACUAAGGUUAUAAUUGUUUCGAACCUCUCACCAGCACUUAAUGACCUGACAUAUAAAGAAAUGAUGACAAUGGUUCCGAUUCUACGACAGACCGACCUUUUUCUUCGGAAUGCAAUUGACAGUGGAAGACUAAUGUUUGAGCAUAGUGGACAAGGAUCCCCAUGUUUGGAUUUCAGGAGAGUACAUUCUAUAUUGAAUCGUCGAGUUCUGGAAGAGCAGGUAGAUCUUGUUGUGAUUGAAGGUAUGGGACGAGCGCUGCAUACAAAUCUUCAUGCUCACUUCGUCUGUGACUCAUUGAAGGCAGCUGUCAUUAAAACUCAAUGGUUGGCUGAUCGCAUGGGAGGAGAGAUUUUCUCAGUAGUUUUCAAGUUUGAACCAGGCAGAGGAAAUGGCUCUACUAACUCUUCAAGAAUGGUGAAUCUCACUGCUUCAAAAGUGUGUUAA